UUAAAAUGUUUACUCUCGGCCUCGUCUAAUCAAUAAAAAUAAAGGCAGACUUGAUUCUCCUGUUCUUUCACGUUUGUAGUUAAAAUAAGCAUUAUUUUAAGUGUUAUUAUUCUAUUUAGACUUGGUUGAUUAUGUGGUUUUUAAAAAAUGUUCAAAAUGGAUCGAUGUACUACGUCCUGCCGAGCCUUUCCAAGCACACGGUCAGUCGAUCGACGGGCGAACUGAUCGUCCAAGGGGAUCCCUCCAUCAGCCGGAACCAUGCGUUUCUCUACCCGGAACCGACCACGCUGAAGGUGAUCGAUGCCGGUUCGCGGUACGGGACGUACGUGAACGAUAACAUUGAAACGGAGCAGGAGCCGAUAGCGAAGAAUAGCCCCACGGAGUUGCGGGUGGGCGAUAGGGUGCGAUUCGGGAAAUGCUUGAGCAUUUGGACGGUUGAGCGGGAAGAGUUCGAUUGUAUUACAUCGACCAUCUCGUCGGUGGAGGGACGGUUGAGACAGGCUUUGGAAGCAUUGGGAGGCAAGGUGCGGGAUGCUUUCGUGGAAGGCAGUACGCGAUAUUUGAUCAUGAGGAGCAUCACGACGACACCGAAGCUGCUGAUGUGUUUGAUUGGCCAGGUUCCGGUUGUCAAGCCGGAAUACUUUGAGGAGUGUGUGAAAGCGAUGGAACGUAGAGGUCCGCUACCGAAAGUGGAUGAUUUCAUUCCGGAGUUCGCUGAAGCGUACGUUCGAAGCGAGGGGAUAAGUUUCGGGAGAAUUCCCGGAAGGAAGACUCUGUUCAAGGGUAAGACGUUUGUGUUCAUCAAGCCGAAGCACAUGAUCCAGUACGAGGGGAUCAUCAAGCUGGCCGGUGGGAUUUGUAUCUGCGCGCAGAAGCGGAAAAUUGCCAAGGCGUUUUUUACUAAUGCGAACGUGAUCGUAAUGCAAGCGGGAACGGAUUCUCAGUUGUCCCAGGCAUCGUCGCAGGCAGUCGAUGGUUUAACUCAGAUCGUUUCGAACGCUGGUCGACGGUUGAUUCCGGAUGCGGAAAUCGGUCUGGCAAUUCUUCACUGCUCGACGGAGAAGUACUGCAAUCCUUUGUACAAGUUCGCAAAUGUGCUGGACCUGGAAACGAUUCCGUUUGCCGAAGGUGGUGAGGCGUUGGCCAAGAACAGUGAAGAAUGCGGUGAAGGAGGAGCUUUGAAAGGUGCUGUUAAGGAGAGUAUCUCGAUUCCGGAGACGGAAUCACGAGAUAGUUCACAAAAUGUUGAUGUUCACAAAUGUUCGAUCAUGGAAUCGACCAAUUACAGUGAGCAGCCGUUGAAAAUUUCGGAGAAGACAGAGGAAUUCAUAAAACCUGCCAAUGUUGGAAGGGAGAAGCGUAAGCGAGAAGCUACCACAAAGCAAGACCAUAGUCCAAAGGAGGUGAAGAAAGCUCGUUCCGAGCAGGUUGAACCGGACAUUCCAGUGGAGCAAGAAGAGAUACCUAGUCAGUUGGAGAUUCCGGAAACUCCGGCAAGCAUUCCAUCAUCCCAAGCGCUGUCGAGCUUCUCAGGAUUCCUCUCGGUCAAUCGCGAGGCAGCCGUCGAUGAAGAACCCUCAGCGCAGAGGCAGAAACAGAAGCGACCGCUGAAUUUGAUGCUGGACGAUGGUGAAGGCGAUCUGUUUAACUUUGAAAAAGCCGUGCCGAAACGCGCCAAACGCCAGGCAACGAUUGCCGAGGCAAUCACAAGUUCGCAGCAGUCCUCGUCAACUGCUGUAGGGAGGAGAUCUCGACAACAUCCAGCCGAAGACGAGGAUCUCUUCUCGUUCGAUAGUGGAAGUUCCAAGCGAUCGAAGCAGAAGAAGAGCAAUGACCGAUCGGUUCCGAGUUCCGAAACGUCGGAACCUAAAAAAGGAACGAAAGAUACCCCACGAUCAGCCCCAUCCUACAAGCAGUUCAUCAAGCCCAUCCAGAUCCCGAUGGAAGGCUGGUUGGCGUCGACGUUUUGCGACCUCAAAAUCAAAAGCCAGAAAGCGGACGAUGAGGAAGAUGUGGUAUCAGACACUUACAAACAAGACACUCCGAAGCCGAAGAAGAUCAAACAAGAGCCCGGCAGUGACGAGGACCACAAAACGCGGGUCUGGGAGGACGGCAUGGAAGAAAUGUUCCAGGUACGGGUGAAGUGCAUGAAUUUGACUUCACAUCGGCCGUUCGCAGCCGGGGAUAGCGAAUCAACAAGCUUCUAUUCGGCAGGAAAUGGCAAUUCGACCGUCAAUGGCAAGCACAACUUCAAGGCUUUUGUGAAGACUCGUUUCCGUCUCUCUAUUUGCAGAAGCAAAACUACAAACCGCAGCAAACGGUAGUUCGGACAAAACCGGUAUGCGUCCUGGACAACACCCAGGAUGACCACUUUUAAAGGCUGUUUAUUCGUCCUAUUAUGAUAAAUAAUAAACGUUAACCACGCAAAUGAUGUUGAACUAUA